AUGUCGGUUUCCAUGCGCAUUUCCUCCACGGCCGGGCUCAAGACCCGCGUCGCGACGAAGACUCGCGCGUCCCGCGGCCCGGUGGCGGUGUCCGCGAACGCCGACCGUCCGGUGUGGUACCCGGGUAAGGCGCCGGCGGCGCACCUCGAUGGGUCCUUGCCGGGCGACUACGGCUUCGACCCGCUCUCGCUCUCGGCGGAUCCGGAGAUGCGCCAGUGGAUGGUGCAAGCCGAACUUCAACACGCGCGCUGGGCGAUGUUGGGCGUCGCCGGUUGCGUUGCCCCGGAGCUUUUGACCAAGAUCGGUGUCGCGGACUUGCCGAACUGGGUCGACGCCGCCACUUACCAAUACUGGGCCCCGGGCGGGACGCUGUUCUUCAUUCAAAUGGCCAUGUUCAACUGGGCCGAAAUUCGCCGCUGGCAAGACAUGAAGAACCCGGGCUCGGUCAACACGGAUCCGUUGUUCGGCUACAACUCCAACGACACCAACACGGACGUUGGCUACCCGAAGGGCUUGUUCGACAAGUUCGGCUGGGCUAAGGAUGAGAAGACCACGGCGGAGCUCAAGUUGAAGGAGAUCAAGAACGGGCGCUUGGCGAUGCUCGCCUUCCUCGGCAUCUGCGCGCAAUACGUCCAAACGGGCGUCGGUCCCGUCGAGAACUUGUUCAGCCACAUGGGUAACCCGGGUCAAGUUGGUGUUUUCAUGUAG